AUGUCCAAAGAUCUAGAAAAUGAAAUUUUGGCGCCCGUACCUUUGCAUAUUAAUGUCGUCGAAGGGGCCAGUGAUGCUGUCUUUGGUGAAAUCACCGGUAGUGGCCCUAACUACCGCGCUAUAGGAUGGAAGGGAACGGCUAUCGGAUUAGGUGUAUUGUCAAUCCCUGUCGCUUUUGAUGCCCUUGGCAUCAUACCUGGUGUGAUCAGUUUGAUUGUCAUUGCGGGUAUCACGACAUGGUCUGACUACAUUAUCGGUGUUUUCAAGUUGCAGCAUCGCGAAGUCUACGGCAUUGACGAUGUGGGCCAGUUGCUCAUGGGCCGACCGGGACGCAUUCUAUUCGGCACUGCAUUCUGUCUUUGGUGGAUCUUCGUAGCUGGCUCUGGCAUGCUGGGAAUUUCCAUCGGCCUUAACGCCGUCUCUUCUCAUGCAACGUGUACCGCAGUCUACGUUUCUGUUGCUGCCAUUGUGGCCUUUUCAUUCGCGAGCAUUCAGACUCUGGGUCGCAUUUCUUGGCUGGCAUGGAUUGGUCUCUUUUGUAUUUUGGCUUCCAUAUUGAUCGUUACUACUGCUGUUGGAAUCCAAGGUCGCCCUUCUGUCGCUCCUAAAGGCGCUGUCUGGGUCUCGGACUAUAGGGUUGUUGGUAAAUCGUCAUUCACGGACAGUGUUUCCGCCAUCUCGACGAUCAUCUUCGCGUAUGCUGGUACGCCGGCGUUCUUCUCUAUCGCAUCUGAGAUGCACGAUCCGACUCACUAUAACCGGGCCUUGAUACUCUGCCAGUCGGUAGUUACCUCCUUCUAUCUUGCCAUUGGCAUCGUCAUAUACUACUACUGCGGCUCACAUGUCUCUUCUCCUGCUCUUGGCUCAGCUGGCCCGAUCGUGAAAAAGGUGAGCUAUGGCUUUGCGCUGCCCGGUUUGCUUGUGAGCUUAAUGAUAUUCGUUCAUAUCACCGGAAAGUAUAUCUUCGUCCGCAUACUCAAAGGCUCCCGCCACUUGACUUCCAACACCGCCAAGCACUGGAUUAUCUGGCUCGGUUGCACCUUUGGAGUCACCAUAAUUGCCUACAUCAUCGCCAGUGCCAUUCCUGUCUUUGGCGAUCUUGUCUCGCUGGUCGGGGCGUUCCUUGGAACACCAAUGUGCUUCCAGCCCAUGGGUGGCAUGUGGCUGUACGAUAACUGGAGCAAGCGGAAGGGACAUCGAACAAUGAAGUGGAACUUGAUGGUCUGUUGGUCUAUUUUUGUCAUCUUGGCUGGCUUCUUCUUGAUGGCUGCUGGCACGUAUGGAUCUGCUAUAAGUAUUAUGAACAGUUACAGGGGGACUGGAGGUUCGACUGCCUGGACUUGCGCCGAUAACUCAUAG